AUAAUAAUAAUAAUACCCCCACCCCCCCAGGCUGUGUGAGCUGGGUCAACAUGUUGGAACACGCAUGGUGGAGCUGCUGUUUGUUAGAGAGAGAAACUACAAGAGAGAGACAAAACUGCUGAAUAUUUUGCUGUUUGUCAAGGGAACGCUGUGGAAGUCGCUGUUCGGCAAGGAGGCAGACAAGCUGGACCGGGCGACAGAUGACGAACGAAUCUUCUACCUGAUUGAGAAGGAGCCGCUGGUGAACCGCUUCGUGUCCGUGCCAAGAGACAAGAGCUCCAUCAACUGUGCCGCCUUUGUUGCCGGCAUCAUCGAGGCCACGCUGCUGUCCACCGGCUUUCCUGCCAAGGUGACGGCGCUGUGGCACAAAGGAACAACAUUUAUGAUCAAGUUUGACGACACAGUGUUGGUGAGAGACAAGCAGCUGGAGGGGCGCUGAGAGAGAGAGAGAGAGAGA